AUGGGUAACAGCCAGGAGGAAUGGAAGAUGGAAGUCCUGAAACUCUUGCUGGAGGUGAGGUGCAGUGCCCGUGAGGUGGAUGUCUUUGGUCGGUCGGCGCUGUACUACGCAGCUCGUUCAGGUCACAUGAAAGUGGUCGCGCUACUGCAGCAGGCUGUCGAUGAGGAGUGUCUUCCUGAGCAUGCAAAUGGCUUGCAGGCGGCCUCCGACCUUCUCAGGAAAAGAAGCAGCGCAGCCGCGAGGGAAGCCGAAGAGGCUCAAAAAGCCGCUGCGAAGGUUCAGGCAGAGCGAAUGAAAUGGGAAGUCACCCAGGUCGCCAGGGCCGCGAUGGCUGAGGAAGAGCGGAAGUCACGUGAAGUGGCUGAAGGAAAAACCAAGGCCUUUGAAAAAGAAGCUGAAGUCGCUGAAGUGAGGAGAGUCCAGGAAGUUGCGGAGGCCGGCAGGGCUGCUGCAAGGGCUGAGGAGGCUCGACACAAGCGGGAAGCGGCAAAGUUUGCGAGGGCCCAGGCAACUGGAGCAGAGGCGAAGAAAGCGCAGAAAGCUGAAGAAGCCGCGAAAGCUGCUGCAAGGGCCCUGGGAGAGCGACAAAAGUUCAAAGCCGCCUUGGCCGUACUGCCGGUUGUCAGGAUGGCCGAGGACCGAGCUAAAGACUGCGAACUUUCCAAGGAGGCGGCUGAUGUCAUGGCUGCUGAGGCAGAAGCUCGCGAGGCUGCCCGCAGUCCGGCAGAGAGACUUGAGACCAUAGCUGGAAUCGCUGCUGACCUUGUUACACAGAUUAACAACCUGCGGCUCGAAAAUGCAGUAGCUCCGGCUGCACAGGAAGAGCAACUCAACCGCGAGGCAGACGGUCUCGCUAAGGAAGAUCCAGAGGAAGCAGAACCGCCUCUGCCUCCACCAUCACUGCCGCCAGACGAGCCACUCUUGCCAGCACCUGGGGAGCCUCCGAAGGAGGACGUUGAGAAGCAAGACGAGGAACGGAAGGACGGCACAGAGUGUCCCGUCCAACUUGUUGCCGAUGUUGCCACGGUUGAAGAAGAGGGCUUGGUUGCAAAGGAGGAAGCCACCGAAGCGGAGAGUCCUGUCAAGGAGGAAGAGCCAGGCAAGCUUGAGGCUCCGAGGAGGCAAGAAGCGCAAAACCAGCCCGCCAUGGCAGAGGCAGCAGAGGCUGAGAAAGAUCAAAGCAAGCAGGAAGCCCCACCGCCUUCAGAAGAUGCUCCCUAA